AAGCCUCUGGCUGCUACGGAACCGUUUGGCUCUUUUUUUUUUUCCACCAGAGAACAAACUGUACAUCCAGCUCCAAUUUAACAGGGUUAUUUCUGCAUUUGUGCCCGAAAACACGGCACAUAUCGGUCACUGGGAGUCCCAAGAAGCAGCCGAGCGGGUCUGGAGACCGUUAUAACGCCUUUUGGAGGUCUAUACUGAGGUAUAAACCAACGGUGGUGGAGGAGGAGAUUCCACAUUAGGAGCACUCCCCCACCACCCCUCCCUGGUGUCAUUUGGUGCUUUAGGCUGGGCGUGUGUGUGUGUUGACCUCAUGGUGUAACAAGAUUAAAGAUGAGCAUUAGCAGUGAUGAGGUCAACUUCCUGGUCUACAGAUAUCUACAGGAGUCAGGGUUCUCCCACUCAGCCUUCACCUUUGGUAUAGAGAGCCACAUCAGUCAGUCCAACAUCAACGGUGCUCUGGUUCCCCCUGCUGCCCUCAUCAGCAUCAUUCAGAAGGGUCUGCAGUAUGUGGAGGCUGAAGUCAGCAUCAAUGAGGACGGCACAUUGUUUGAUGGACGGCCAAUUGAGUCCUUGUCCCUCAUCGAUGCGGUGAUGCCAGACGUAGUUCAGACAAGGCAGCAGGCUUAUCGGGACAAAAUGGCCCAGCAGCAGGCCGCAGCUUCAGCACCAGCAUCAACGGGGGCAGGCAGCAUAGCCGGAAACCCCAAGAACGGAGAGAAUACUGCCAACGGGGAGGAGAAUGGAGCUCAUGCCUUAGCAAAUAACCACACAGAUUUGAUGGAAGUGGAUGGAGACGUAGAGAUUCCUCAAAACAAGGCUAUGGUCCUGAGGGGUCAUGAAUCUGAGGUCUUUAUCUGUGCCUGGAACCCAGUGAGUGAUCUGCUGGCAUCAGGGUCGGGUGAUUCAACAGCUCGUAUCUGGAACCUGAGUGAGAACAGUACAAGCAGCUCCACACAGCUGGUGCUGAGACACUGCAUACGAGAGGGUGGACAGGACGUUCCAAGUAACAAAGAUGUCACCUCAUUAGACUGGAAUAGUGAGGGCACACUGUUAGCUACAGGCUCGUAUGAUGGCUUUGCCAGAAUAUGGACAAAAGAUGGGAAUCUAGCCAGUACUCUGGGUCAACACAAAGGUCCUAUUUUUGCCCUAAAAUGGAAUAAAAAAGGCAAUUUUAUCUUGAGUGCAGGAGUAGACAAGACAACAAUCAUAUGGGACGCUCAUACAGGAGAAGCCAAACAACAGUUCCCCUUCCAUUCAGCUCCAGCACUGGACGUGGACUGGCAGAGCAACAACACGUUCGCUUCCUGUAGUACAGACAUGUGCAUUCAUGUCUGUAAGUUGGGACAGGACAGGCCCAUUAAAACAUUCCAGGGACACACAAAUGAAGUCAAUGCAAUCAAGUGGGAUCCCACAGGGAACCUGUUAGCUUCCUGCUCAGAUGACAUGACUUUAAAGAUCUGGAGUAUGAAGCAGGAUUUGUGCGUGCACGACCUACAGGCACACAACAAAGAAAUCUACACCAUUAAAUGGAGCCCCACUGGCCCAGGAACCAACAAUCCCAGUGCGAAUCUCAUGCUUGCGAGCGCAUCGUUUGACUCCACGGUUCGUCUUUGGGAUGUGGACCGAGGCAUUUGUAUCCACACUCUGACCAAACACCAGGAGCCAGUGUACAGUGUGGCUUUCAGUCCCGACGGGCGCCAUCUGGCCAGCGGCUCCUUUGAUAAAUGCGUGCACAUCUGGAACACACAGACGGGGGCUUUAGUUCACAGUUACAGAGGAACUGGGGGGAUCUUCGAAGUGUGCUGGAACGCAGCAGGAGACAAAGUGGGAGCCAGCGCGUCAGAUGGAUCCGUGUGUGUGUUAGACCUGCGGAAAUAGUGCUGCUGUUGGUUGAAAGCCAUGGACCGACCAUGAAUGUGUACAUAGCCAAAUGUCUGUCCCGGCCUGCCCCGCCUACUGUUCACGCUGACGUCCCUGUCCACUGACGAACAGGAAGCAGGAAACAAGAACCCGACACAGCAGGUCCGGACACGGGGAUGAACAGGAUGGAGGCACUCCUCUCUAUCUGUGCAGACUCUCAGAGAGACGCAGCCAAACAGACAAAAAACAACUUACAGAUCCAUAUAUUUACUGAAAUAUGGAAGCUGUUCUAAACCAUACUCCUCGUCAGCAAGUGGAAAAUCUAUGUUACUCAUCAGCGCUCAUCGUGCAGAUAUCUUGCUGUGUCCACCACAGAAAAGGAAGGCACUUAGGUUUUUAUUUGUUUGUUUUGUCAGUUCUCGUUCAAAUGUUUUAUAUUUUUCAUCUUUUUGCAAGAAGUGAGAGCUUGUCAGCUGGAGAAGUAAACCCAGACAAAUAAAUUCCAACAUACACGCUCAGCAACACAUCUGUGAAAAUUUCUGUCUACAACAGGAUGUCA